UGUGUGUGUGUGUGAGUAAAUUCAUGGGUGAGGAUUGCCCUUCUGUGUCAGGUGUCAGUGCUAAUAAUUUAUUUAGCUGGUGAAAAUUAGCAUUUAUCCAAAUCAAAGACAGUUAUUCUUCCACCUCGGAGAAGAGAAUGAGCUGUGCUUUCUGCUAGGACUGUUCAGUAAGUGUAGAUCACAGUCUCUUCUCAGGGAAACAUAGCUUUACUUCAUUUUUAAAAAGUUGUUAGGAAGUCAAGUCAUCUUAUGCAGGCUAAUUACUAAUUAUACCCGGCGUCAGAAGCCUACAGAAGACCUCAAUUAACAAAUUUUUAAAUUGUUGGUCCCUAUUAAUAUCUACCAUCAGAGUUUUUGGUAAUCAAAGGGUGCCAUGGAGUCUGGAGAGCCACACAUGCAGUAUAGAAGGAGGAAGUCCCUGCUUUGUUCCUUCCUUGCCAUGAAUUUUGAUGGAUGAGACCACACUGAAAUUCCAUGAUGUUGUUCCUGGUGGAAUUAUUUCAUUAUGUAUCUGGCAUUAUGAUGGAUGGACAGAACUGGUCCUGGCGGCUGUGGAAGGGGAUCCUAGCAAGCUCUCUUGCCUUGGUGUGGUGACUGAAGAUUCAUUUUUCAACACUGUCAAUUCCAGACACCUUGGAAAGGAGGAGAGGAAGAAAUGGGUCACUCAAAGAGCCUUUGUGGCCUUGUAUGUCACAUCGCACAGAGGGCAUGUGGAGGCUGUGCAGUACCUUCUAGAACAUGGAACAAACUGCCUGAGCAAGACCCCCGUAGGCAGGACCCCCCUGCACGUGGCUGCCGCCAUGGAGCGGUUGGACUGUAUAACCCUCCUGCUCAGCUACGGGGCCUCGGUCAACAGCCGAGACGCCAAUGGGGAGACGCCCAUAACCCUGGCACACCGCCUGAACCGCUGGAACAGCGAGAGGCGGAUGUUCCUCUUCUACUGGAUGGCGAAGACGAGAGAACCUGACAGGGCUUCCAGAAACACAAGAAUGGGCUCUGCUCCCACAGGAAGACCCAAACUUAGCCCCCACCCCCAGCAUCUGCAGGUGAAACCGAACCAGAAUAACACUUCAGAGUUCCAACCCACAGCUUCCCUGGCUGAGCAACAAGGCAGGAAGAAAAAGCAAUGAGUCGGAAUCCGACACAGAGUGAUCUGCCCUGUUUGUAAAUGACUUUCAGGAGGGUGUUGAUGGAAGACAAUAAGCUUGAGUUCAUUUGGUAAUCCAUUACAGACUCAACCGGCUAGGAUACCAGCCUUUAAUUUUAAGCUAUUUGUACAUUGUACCAAUAAUGCUGUUGGGGGUGAUGGGAGCCAAUUACCUUCUCUCCCUUCUAGAGACUGUCUAAUGCAUUGGCAUAAUAGGAGUAAUAACAAUGAUGAUAAUA